CAGAAAAAGGGCCCAUAUCGCGUCAAGAACCACGCCGCUGCGAAACGAUGCCGAGAAAAGGCAAAGCGAUACGAGAUCAAUCUCGCUGCUAGGGAGAUGCAGGCGAUGCAAGAUCGGAUGUAUGUUCAGGCUCAUGUAAUAGCGUUAAAGACCGAGGUGCUUUCGCUGAGAGAUCAGAUCUUGGAGCACAGCAAUUGCAGGUGUGACAUGAUACAACGGUACAUCGCCAGAACUGCCAAUACCAUC